GCACUCCACCCCUUGUUACCACACAAACAAAAUAGAAUUUGGGCACUGGAACAUUCGAGACCACAGAGGUUUCUCUAGUCCUCUGUGGAGACCUUGAUUUCUCUUGUUCAUUCAUUUCCACAUAAUGGCUCGCUCUUUCAGCAACGUCAAGGUUCUCUCUGCUCUAGUCGCCGAUGGACUCUCCAACACUCUCACCAGGCGUGGUUACGCGGCAGCGACGCAAAGCGCAACAAGGGGAGGAGGUGGCUCCAUCAGCGGCAAGAUAGCACCAAAAUCAGGGGAAGACAAGGUAGGAGGUGCUGAAAAGGUUUCAUGGGUACCAGACCCUGUCACUGGUUACUACAAACCAGAGAACACCAAAGAGAUUGAUGUUGCUGAGCUUCGAGCAACGCUUAUGCGCAAAAAAUUCAACCACUAAUUUCAAUGACCUUUUAUAGUUCUAUUGUUGUAUUUCUCUCCUGAGAUAUCUAUGACCAACUUAAUGUUUCUUAGUGUAUUGGAUCUCCCGUUGAAAACUAAAAAAUAUAUAUGCUUUAAUUAGUUGAUUU